CUCCCCCUUUGGUCUCUCUCUGUUAAGCCGCUAAGUCAGUCCGGGCGUUUCCUGCCUUUGGAGAAGACUGGAAGGCGAUGCCUCCAGACUGAUCACUCCAAAGCAGGGGACCAAAAGGGAAUGACCCAGUUCCAAAUCCCUCUUAACAUUUUCAAGAUUACAUACCAGGACAACCAGAAUUCUGUUUCUUCAGUUAUUUGGACAGGGACAAGAACCCAGUGUGAAGCAGGAGAAGAACACAGUUAGACACCGAAAAGGAGAUAGAAAGACAGAAUGGAAGCCAACCAAGGACAUGGAAGAGUACACCUAAAAAUUUCAAAGAGUACUAAUUUUUACAAACUCCUGAUGAUUGGGAAAACAUCAAGGAAAGGGAAGGAGAAGGUGCAUCACGGGUAGAAAAGCAUUCAAAUGAACUUCUGAUUUCAAUAGACAUGGCUAGGUCUACCGAAAACUUAAAUCAAUGAAUGGAGCAUAUAAAGACCAUGAAUAUGAACACUAAUUUAUCAGGUGAAGAACUCAUCAGAGGGGGGAAGGAGUAUAAAUGCCUCCCUUCCGGAAAGAGAUUCAACCAAAGGAGUACUCUGAGUUCACAUCAAAGAACCCAUACAGGGGAAAAACCAUAUAAAUGCGUGGAAUGUGGAAAGAGCUUCAGUCACAGCAGUACCCUUAGUUUGCAUCAAAGAACUCACACAGGGGAGAGACAAUAUAAAUGCAUAGAAUGUGGAAAGAGCUUCAGUUGGAGCACUGCUCUUAGCUCACAUCAAAGAACUCACACAGGGGAGAAACCAUAUAAAUGCAUGGAAUGUGGAAAGAGCUUCAGUCAGAGUAAUAAUCUUAGGUCACAUCAAAGAACUCACACAGGGGAGAAACCAUAUAAAUGCAUGGAAUGUGGAAAGAGCUUCAGUCAGAGUAAUAAUCUUAGGUCACAUCAAAGAACUCACACAGGGGAGAAACCAUAUAAAUGCAUGGAAUGUGGAAAGAGCUUCAGUCAGAGUGGUGACCUUAGGUCACAUCAAAGAAGUCACACAGGGGAGCGACCGUAUAAGUGCAUGGAAUGUGGAGAGAGCUUUAAUAAGAGGGAUCAUCUUAAGUCACAUCAAAGAGGCCAUACAGGGGAGAAACCAUAUAAAUGCAUGGAAUGUGGAAAUUGUUUCAAGCAUAGUGGUGGCCUGAAUUCACAUCAAAGAACUCAUACAGGGGAGAAACCAUAUAAAUGCACGGAAUGUGGAAAGUGUUUCAAGCAUAGUUGUGGCCUGAAUCCACAUCAAAGAACUCAUACAGGGGAGAAACCAUAUAAAUGCAUGGAAUGUGGAAAGAGCUUCAUUUGGAGGAAUACCCUUAGGAGGCAUAUGCUAUGCAUGGAUUACUAG